AUGGACGAUGGUUUCGAGGCCAUCGUCAAGAUUCCAUACCGGAUCACUGGCCCCCAACACUACGCCACCGCAAGUGAAGCCGCCACCCUCCAUUACCUCCUUUCUAUAGGGAUCCCUGUUCCAAAAGUCUAUGGAUACUCCUCUUCGAAGAGUAACCCCGUCGGCACGGAAUAUAUCGUCAUGGAGAAGGCUUCGGGAAUCGGUUUGGAGUCUAGAUGGCUUAGCAUGAGCAAGCGCGAGCGGCAUAAACUCGCUUCCAGUUUCGUUGAAAUCGAGAAGAAACUUUUUGACAUCCCUUUCGGAUCUAUAGGAAGUAUAUACUUCAAAAAGGAUGUUCCGUCUGGCCUCCAGGCAGCGCUCUAUUCAACCGACACGGAAAGAAGCCUUGAGUCAGAGACGCUCUGCAUUGGUCCAACUGCAGAUUAUAUGUUUUGGCAUGGAAAGCGGGCUGGCCUCAGCCUAAAUCGUGGUCCGUGGAAAACCCCCAAGGAGUAUCUUGCAUCGAUUGCGGUGAAAGAAAUCGAAUGGACACAACGGUACGGAAAACCUAUGGAACUGGACUUUCCGCACAACGGUGUUUUUCCUGGGGAAAAGUCUCCAGAAGACUAUCUCCGUCUUCUAGACAGAUAUCUCGCGUUAACUCCGUAUCUGCUUCCAAACGAAUCUUCAGAUCCGCUCAACAGACCGACUCUUCGUCAUCCAGACCUAAACCCCAAUAAUAUUUUCAUUUCGCCCGACACGGGCGCCAUCUCUUGUAUCAUCGACUGGCAGCAUGCAACGGUCGAGCCCCGUCUCCUGGUCGCCGGCUAUCCCCGUGCCUUCGAGAACCCAGACCCCGAGCAAUCCCUCGUCCUCAAAGAACCCUCGCUUCCCCCGGACUACGAAACACUCCCCGCUGAGGGGAAGGCCGAAGCUGAUGAACUUCAUCGCCGACGUCUCCUAUUCUAUUUCUACCGGAUUCUGAAUGGUCACUUCAACAAAGCACAUCUCGAGGCCCUACGUGACCCCCUUCUCCAUCCACGUCAACAUCUGGUCGAUAGAGCGGGCCGCCAAUGGAGUGGAAACCUGAUGACCUUGAAGGGAGCAUUAGUUCGGAUGAUCGAGUAUUGGCCCCAUUUACCCGGCACACAGGGGUUAUCGUGCCCGGUACAGUUUACGCCCGCUGAGUUGGAUGGGUUCCAUGACCAGGAGCAGCUGUGGUUUGACCUAAACAAAGUCGUAAACCAUUGGCGGGAAGAGAUCGGGGGUGUGAGCGAGGACGGGUGGAUCUGCAAUGAACGAUAUGAUGAGACGGUGCAAAGAGCUGCUGAGCUCAAAGCGUCUCUGGUGGCUACCGCCGAGGGAGACGUUGAAGAUAUUCGCCUCUUGGAAAAAGGCUGGUUGUUCCGGGAUCGCGAGGAGUUUGAUUGA